UGCGCGUCGCUAGCGGUCCCACAGCUUCCCCGGCCUGCCGCCCAAGCGCGCAGCGAUGAUGCGCCCUCCGGUGCCCCGAUCGGCGCACUGAACCUCGGCACAGGAUGAAGGAGCUGCCCGGCACCUGGCUGCAGAAGGCUUGCCGCUUCCUCGUGUGCUUCUGCGUCCUCCACCUCCUGGUUGUCUUCGUCUACUAUCUAUCGGGGAACACGGUCAACUUCCAGGGGAGCCCGGAGCCGCGGCUCCGGGGCCUGAUCCCCUUCCGCCGGGAGCCCGCGGCGCGACCCACCAACGCCUCCAAGUUGGAUGCUGACUGCCCCGACCCCUCCCCUCUGCUGGUUGGCGCCUUGCAUGUGGAGUUUUCCCAGCCUGUAAAUUUGAAGACUGUGGAGGCCAACAACCCAGAAGUCAGAGAUGGAGGCCGCUACACUCCAAAGGACUGCAAAGCACUGCAGAAAGUGGCCAUUAUCAUCCCGUUCAGGAAACGAGAUGAACACUUGAAAUACUGGCUGUAUUACCUCCAUCCGAUUCUUCAAAGACAGCAACUCGAUUAUGGUGUUUAUGUAAUUAACCAGGAUGGAGAAGCAACAUUUAAUCGCGCAAAGCUUCUGAACGUAGGCUUCACAGAAGCUCUAAAAGAAUACGACUAUGACUGCUUUGUAUUUAGUGAUGUCGACCUAAUCCCGAUGGAUGACAGAAAUACCUACAAGUGUUACAGUCAACCCAGGCACCUCUCCGUGUCUAUGGAUAAGUUUGGAUUUCGCUUACCUUACAAUCAGUAUUUUGGAGGCGUGUCUGCUUUAAGCAAGGAGCAAUUCCAAAAAAUCAAUGGGUUUCCCAAUAAUUAUUGGGGCUGGGGUGGUGAAGAUGACGACAUUUAUAACAGGCUAGUUUUCAAAGGCAUGGGGAUCUCCCGCCCAGAUGCUACCAUUGGAAAAUGUCGAAUGAUCCGCCAUUCGAGGGACAGCAAAAAUGAGCCUAAUCCACAGAGGUUUAACAAAAUUGCUCACACAAGGGAGACUAUGAAGUCCGAUGGUUUAAACACUCUGACAUAUACUGUAGUAAAAACUGAUAAAUUCCGAUUGUAUACAAAAAUCACAGUGGAUAUUGGAACACCAAACAGCUAGUGCGGCAGAAGCAUGGCAGAGGACUUGGCGCACCUAGCUGGGGACAACUCAUCCUGUCAACCUUUUAUACCUGCUGUUUUUCUUACAAUCACCAUGGAAGAAGAACGCCUUCUUUUGCCAUUCCGAGGCCUUUCAGUUGGCUGCGAUAAUGAGACUUUUAAUCCCGAACUUUGCUGUACAGUUUUUAUAGGUUUAGAAAAUAAGCAGAGAUGUUAGCAAAUAUGUCUAUUUUCAGGGAAAGAUGGGGACACACGUGCUCCAUCCACUGGGAAGAUUUCCUGUCCAAACCCCAGAGAAAAAAACGGGAGCUCUGUGGAAAUGCUGUCGUGAGGCUGCUGUCUGUCCCCAAGGGGCACAAACGAGAGUUCCUGGUGAUCAAAGCCCCCGUGUCUACUGCAAUGCUCUUCUCUUUAAAUAAUAGUAGCAGACAAUGUGGAAAACAUUGCUUUCACCACUGUGACAUCUUCUGCAGUUUUAGGUCAUUCCCCUCUCUCCUUCCCCCACUUGGAUUUUAAAAUCAAAAUAGGCAACAUUUAUGAAAAUUCACUGUGGUUACAGAAUGAAGGACUGGAAAAUGCUGCUACAAGUUGUACGAGUUUACAUGUUUCAGUCUAUAGCUCCCCUUCAUGUAGAUAGGGUCAUUCAUUUUUGUCUAAUAACAACAGAGAUAAUUUCUCCUGGAAAGAAAAAGAAAGAAAAGGAAUAUACAUAUCAGAAUGAAAAAUUGCCUUAAAUUCUUUUCUGCUGGCAGAGGGGAUUUUAAUUGUUCAGGCCUCUUUGCUCAAAAAGUAGCUUUGCAUAGCAAAAAUAUUCAAGCUCAGAGCUUAAGUGCCAGGUGGUGUCCACUUGGUUGUGCCUAGGAGUGCCCUCAGCCCAUUCAUCAUCUUGGGCUUACGUGCACCCUGGGGGCAGCAGGGGUGGGGAAGUGUGUGGUGAAAAUUUGGACCAUAUUUAUUUGAAUGCAGCUUGCUCUCUCCAGCCUCCCACUUGGGUUAGGUAUUCAGAGCAACACCAGGUUCAAAGAAUACACCCAAUACAGGCCAGAUCAUGCAAUGCUUUCUCUCUGUCGUGAGGCCCACCACUGGGAGACUUGGGGCCAGAAUGUAUGUAAUGGGCUCAUGGGCACCAGAGGACCCUUCCAGGUGCUCCAUCCAAUCUAUACUUGGGCUGGGGAACGAGUCACCGUCUAGGCAUUGUUAGAUUGCCACCCCCAUGAGCCCAGCUGGCAUAGGCAACUAUGAGAAAGCUGCAGUUCAGGUGGCUUCACUCAGUGUCCUGGACCAAAUGGCCUUCCGUCAUGGUUAUUUUGUGAUAUGACACUUUCCGCAUCCCUCUUCUAAAUGGACGUACUUCAUGGCUCUGCCCAUUGAGCGUCCAACCAUUUGCUGUCGAAGCAGUGCUCCACCAGGCUCAGGAGGGCUGCCUGCAGAUGGGAAUGACCAGAAGUGACCUUUGUCCAAGACCUUCCCUGCUACUUUGCAGUCUUGCCAUGCAACUGGAAACACGUGGAAGCAGUGCCUCAAAAAAUAAGGUGUGACUGGCUGAGGAUUUGUUGAGCCAACAGGGCCCAUUUUCUACGGGUACAUAAUAACUAGGUUUGGGCAACGCACAAUGGCUUGUUGUGGCACCUUGGGCCAUGCUGAGCUGGGCUCUGCACUGCAAAUUCAGGGUUGUUGUGCUGCGCAAACCCAGAGAGCAUGGGCUAUGCAUGGGGUUGAACCCCAUAUAAGCAAAUUCAAAAUGGCAGCCACACGCACUGCAGCCUCACUGUAGGUUAAAUAACCCCUGGGGAUCUGCUUUGUCAUGUGAACGGGCCUAAUGGCAUCCCUGCGCAGCCUUGGAGUGGACAGGUUAUAGAGACAGGGCCAAGAUGCAGAUUUUGAGUGCACUGACUAAACAUGCUGGAGGCCCCGCAUGGGAGCACCUUCUGAAGCAGAGUAGGAUUCCACCCCUGCACUCGUCAUCUUUUUCUUCUGCCUGCCUGCAAAGCUGCCUCCACAGAUGAUAGCAGAGCAGGUGAACUGGCAACCAAUGCUGUAUUGCUGAGGUGCAAUUGCUCAGUGAACCCCCUGCUUCUUGGCAUUGCAAAAAAACCCCAAACCCUUCCAACUGGCAGAAGUGCUCUUUCUGGAUUGCCUUAUGUGUGAAUGCAGCCUCUUAAAGCCAAAUGAGAUCCUGAACGUUGUAGACUUUCAUUUCACAGUUUAUUUGCAUCAAAUGCUUUCUUGCAAUGGGAUGGCAGACCGUUUGCGCAUUCAGGGCUCGUGAUGCACCCUCUUUGCUUUUAAAAUGUCUUAUCGGAUAUGUUUACCAUUGUAAAGUGUUAAGUAUUGUGCAAAGGUCAACAAAAUGUUUUUUUCUUGCAGUGUUGUGUGUAAAACUUGAAAUGAGCUCCUGAGUUUUAUUGUAACAAAAUGUUAGUGUGGGGCAAGGUAUAUAAAAUCUAAUUGCACCAUAAAGCAGCACAUUAACACUGUUAAUAUAAGCUGCAGGCAAAGUCAUGUUAAAACAAGGUUUUACUUCAUACAAACCAUCAUGGUGAGGUUCUUUGCCUGUUCUUUUGACAGGCUGACAUUGAAGCUGCAGCACAAGCAUGUGUUAUUGUUGCUUUCGGUUAUAGCUUCUGUAUAGGGUUGGAUCUUGCCUUCACAUAUAUUUGCAAACCUAAGUGAUUCAUUGUGGUCUCUGUGCAUCACACAUCAUGGGUGCUAUGCCAGCACAGUGCCUGUUGCCGGGAAGAUUUAAUACCUUUAACAGUUUUUGGCGGGAACUCCACCCCCGCAUAGUAUAAAUGGUUGGAGUGCCCACCCUUUCCCCAGUCUGCUUGCGACCCUCUUUCGCUGUGCCUCGGGCCUUUUUCUCUUCACUUGUCUCAUCAAAAUCUUGAUUUUUUUCCCCAUUAGAAUUCUUUUUUUUAAGCAUGAUUUUUAUCUUUUACAUGGGUUUUCAUCCAAGAAACUGAUCCACACCAACUCAAUUUUAGCUGUGCUUAUAGCUUCAGGGAUUCUCAGAGCAUUCCCUGCAUCCUGCACAAAGCUCAUGUAGAGCUUUAGCCUUCUUCUGCCUUCCCUGUUUCUCCAUUGAUGAUAAGCAAGUGCCUUGAGGAACAGCAGCUUCCGUAUUCCUCAACAAUCUCCAUUUCAGCCUUCAGGCAGCUCUGACCCCAGGGCUUGCCAUCCCCUGCUCCUUCUUUUAAAGGGUGUGGGUUUAUGGCCGUUUCCUCCCUUUUGGAUUCCUCCACAAUCUUUUUAGAUUCUCCCAAUCAUCCAACAUCCGUUGCCCACACAUUCCCAUUAGGAAAGCCAAGAGGGCAAUUUGUGGCUUUAGGAAGGGGCAAAAACAGGCAUGCUAAAUUCCAUCUGCCACAGCCUUGCUGUUGAGUCCAAUGGCAGUAGAGCAAGAAGGAACCUGCCCUCCCCACUUGGCCUCUUUUUUGCUGGCCAUGCUUUGGAUUGCCUCUUCCUUGCCGGCCAUGCUUUGAACUGCUACCGUAGUGCCUUCCCCCAAAGCUGGCAGCUGUCACCAAAGUUGGGCUGCAGUGAGCAACCCUGAAUGUUUGCAUUUUUCAGUCAGUGGUACAGAAGGCACUUCUCAGAUGUGGGAUUCUGUAGCUGAGAAACCAGUGCAGAUUCUGGACUCACUCCUUCCUUCAUUGCCUCUGGCACUUUCUGAGUUCCCUUUAUCACAAGGUAGAAAAGUAAAUGUUCAAGCUGAGUAAUUGCAGCUUUGUUUAAAUGAGAUGGCCCCUGUUCCAUUGAGAAGAAAACUUCUUUAAAGACUUAAUUUCUCUGGUAAGAUCUCCUGAGCAGUCACUCUCCUUGCCAGGAGAGGAGUUGAAAGGAGUCCUCUGUUCUGCAGGUAAAACUUUUGAAACAGACCUUGGCUGUCCCAAAUGGAAGAUCUUGCUAUUUGUUUGUCUUACUCCAAUUUGACAAAACAAAGAGGUGAAGGCUUGCAAAGGACUGUGUCACAUUUUAUUUAGCUGGUAGUUCUUUGGUGUUUAUGUGUGUGUGUGAUUGUUAGUCUUCUAUGCAUAUUGGAUCCAAUAUUUCUAUUUAUUUAAAUGUACUGAGCUGCUUGCUUUCUCUACUGGGUCUGGAAACCAGUAUCUGGAAUGGAGGUACAUUUGUUGCUCUCACCUUAAAAUGUAAUCACAUGUUUGGAGACGACUGCAGUAAUGCUGGAAUGUGCCUUUCCUGAGAGGUCAGUGGCAAGAUCUUUUUGUUAACGCUAACUAAAAUGACCUUCCCUAAGCCAGCACCCUGGAGAUGUUUUGGACUCCAAAAUGGCCCCAAAAUUCUCAUUGUGGGCCAUGCUGUCUGGGGUACUGGGAGUUACAGUCCAAUACAUCUCAUGGGCACCUGCUUGAGGAGGAUUGAAUUAGUAUUAACGAAGAACGGGGAGCUUGUUUAAGAAUGUCCAGGCUACACUGCUUGUAUUUGAAUGCAGUAUUUACCUGAACCUCAAUCCAGUCAAUGCACUUUCUCUGAGAUGGCUCAGUUACAGAGGCAGGAGAUUCCAUGUUUGAAUGCAAACACUUGCAGAAGUGGGCAACCUUGGGUGGUCUGGGGUCCAGUUUCCAAUCCCUGGCUUCCAGGGGCUUCCCUUCUGCUGUUGCAUGAAUCAGAAUAGUGCCAUAAUAUUAUAAUGCAUCCGGUUUUCUAAUUUCUUAAGCAAUUAGAAGACCCCACUACCAAUCUUUUGUUGAAAUUACCUGUUUUUAUCAUUCUGACAGAAUCUGAAGUGCCCACUGUCAAAUAACAAAAUAAUAAUAAUUAAUAAUAAUAAUAAUGUCCUUCUGGAAAGUUAGGCUAUUCUUGCUUUGAAUGGUUCCAGAGCAAAAUACAUGUGAAAGCCCUCUAUGACAGUUAAAGAGGUUAAAGUUGGAGACAGUCAAUACGUUUAAAGCUGUUUGAAAGAAGCUUCCCUUCUGGAGUGCUUGUGCAUAUUUAUUUGGCCCCAUUAUCAGCUCUGUUCAAAAAGAUCUUGUUGGAUUUGGGAUGCAAUGUAACCCCAUCCCAAAAGCCCACUUCCCAGAUUCAGGGGUGGAAAAAGCAUACAUACCAUCUCUCUCCUAAACUGCCUAUCUCCUUGGAAAAUGCUACGUACCAUCUGUCUCUAGGCUCCUUGAACAUUAGGAGGCAUUUAAAAGCCUGGCCAGAUCCGGGAACUACCAGGUUAUCUCUAGUACUGGGGCUUUGUUAUUCUGAGCCUAGAGUAAGCUGAGUUCUGAACAGUACAAUAUUCUUUGUAGUUUACAGACAUUCUAUGCAAGCAACUUAGGUAUCAUAAAUAGUUUUGGUAUGCAUAUGUGUGUAUGGAUGUGUGUGAUGCAUGUGAAGAUCAGGGAAAAAUUGUCACAGAAACCGUUUUUCACUCUCUGAGAGGUGUAUUAGCUUUCAGCUUGAAAGACUUUUGACAAAAGUGCCUUAAAGUAUGUUCAUGGGUGAGGUUUGGGAAGAGACGAGGAAGUCUCCUCCAUAGAACAACAUUUGGUAAGUUACUUUAUAUUUGCUGUGGGCUGAUUUUUGUCUUUACAAGUUACAGCAUUAAAGACUUAAAUAAUAAAAUCUGGUUACUUAAGGAAAAA